AUGGCGGAAUUUGUGAGAGCUCAGAUCUUUGGCACGACUUUCGAGAUCACGAGCAGAUACACAGAUCUGCAACCCGUGGGCAUGGGAGCAUUCGGUCUAGUCUGUUCGGCCAAAGACCAGCUCACCCAGCAGGCUGUCGCGGUAAAGAAGAUCAUGAAGCCUUUCUCCACCCCUGUGCUAUCGAAGCGAACGUACCGCGAGUUGAAACUCCUCAAACAUCUCCGACAUGAAAAUGUCAUAAGUCUUAGUGAUAUCUUUAUAUCACCUCUGGAAGACAUCUAUUUCGUCACCGAACUACUCGGCACCGAUUUACACAGACUGCUUACGUCAAGGCCCUUGGAGAAGCAAUUCAUCCAAUAUUUUCUUUACCAAAUACUUCGAGGUUUAAAAUACGUUCAUUCUGCUGGUGUGGUACAUCGUGACCUGAAGCCCUCCAACAUCCUAGUAAACGAGAACUGUGAUCUCAAGAUUUGCGAUUUCGGAUUGGCUCGUAUUCAAGACCCACAGAUGACCGGCUACGUGUCAACAAGAUACUACCGAGCGCCAGAAAUCAUGCUUACAUGGCAGAAGUAUGAUGUGGAGGUUGACAUUUGGAGCGCUGGCUGUAUAUUUGCCGAGAUGCUAGAAGGCAAACCUCUGUUCCCCGGCAAAGAUCACGUCAACCAAUUCUCCAUCAUCACGGAGCUGUUAGGCACACCGCCAGCAGAUGUGAUUGAAACGAUUUGCAGUGAGAAUACCCUUCGUUUUGUUCAGUCACUUCCGAAGAGGGAAAGACAGCCACUGGCCAACAAAUUCAAGAAUGCAGAUCCUUUAGCCAUCGACCUCUUAGAGAAAAUGUUGGUCUUCGAUCCCCGAAAACGAGUCUCAGCAGGCCAAGGUCUAGCACACGAAUACCUCUCACCCUACCACGAUCCAACCGAUGAACCAGUCGCAGAAGAGAAAUUCGAUUGGUCCUUCAACGAUGCAGAUCUCCCCGUCGAUACCUGGAAGAUCAUGAUGUAUAGCGAAAUCCUAGAUUACCACAACAUCGACAAUUCCCAGGCUCAGCAGGCGGCAGAAGAUGGGGAGACGGUCAUGGGGCAGAAUGUGUUGGUUGAAAACUGGGACUUUGUUGAGGUCGAACUUGUCGCGAGAAGUCUCAGAAAGGCUUAUGCUGGCCACAAGAACGACCAUGUUCUCAAGCCGUUCAUCAACAGGCUGACUACUGUUUCGUCCCCAAGCAACCAGGUGGUGCUGCCACCACCGAUGCUUGUUUACACCGAUCCUGAUGGAUUAGACGUCCCCGUGGUGUUUGGCAAUCCUGUACAGAUAAGUGAGGGUAUGGGAACCGAUGAUGCCAACAGCGAUACUUAUGGGAAGAUGACAGACACUCCUCCCAAGGAAACAUACGAUAUAAUGCAAAUUGUGGCGGCUGUGGCGGCUAUGUCGGCGAGUGAGGUUGUGGGCAUUAGUGAAGCCUCUAGUGCUUCUCUCAAGCAACGAAGAAAAGAUGAAACAGAGACAGAACUUGUGUAG